GUGAUAUCUUGCGGCAAACCCCGUUUUCACGCGUGUGCCUUUUUCUUGUUUGUGUGGAGACAGCACCGACGACAGCCACCCUCUCCCCAUAUCACCACCAACCCCAACACACAACCAUGCCCAUGGCUAAGGCGAAGCAGCUUCGUCAGAAGACGAAGGCUGAGAUGCUCAAGCAGCUCGAUGACUACAAGGCAGAGCUUGCAUCCCUCCGUGUUGAGCAGGUCACCGGCAACUCCGCGUCCAAGCUCGGCAAGAUCAAAUCUGUCCGCAAGUCGGUCGCCGUUGUGAAGACUGUCCUCCACGAGGCAACCCGUGCCGCCGUCCGCAAGCACUACGCUGGUGCCAAGUACAAGCCUCUCGACCUCCGCCGCAAGCUCACCCGCGCCAUGCGCCGCCGCUUGACCAAGCGUGAGGCAAACGCCAAGACUGCGCGCCAGAUUAAGCGCGAGCGCGCCUUCCCCAAGCUUGUGUACGCUGUCAAGGCGUAAAUGCUCCCUGGUUAUGCUUGGUGUUCAUUGGUUCGUAAACGAGAUGGGUGACCUCGCCGCAACACACAAAGCAAGCACAUGGGGACGUGGGAGAAACAAC